AUGGGGAUCAGCUCACCCAACUGUGUCUUGUUCAUGACACAUGGAGGAGCAUUCAGCCAGCAGGAAGCCAUCCAUGCAGGAGUACCAACUGUUGGUAUUGCAUUUUUUGGAGAUCAGCCCUCCAAUGUCAAGUUUGCAGAGCAUUCUGGUAUUGGUGUCAGCCUAGCAUUUGACAACAUUUCAGAGGAAUCUAUCUCUGCAGCAAUUAACAAGGUUCUGAAAAAUCCCAAGUAUAACGAGAAUGCCACUGCACUAAGCUCGCAUAUUCCAACAGAACCGAUGUCCCCAGCUGACUCAGCAUUUUCUGGGUGGAGUAUGUCUGAGGCAUGGAGGGCUCAUCACCUGAGAUCUGCUGCCACACAAACUGUCCUGGUACCCAGCUGGCUCUCCUGA